AUGGAUGAGAAAUCGAUAGCCAAAGACGCCAUCGAGGGCGACAAUGGCUCCGGUUCCCGGGUUCGCGAUGAGGAGGUUGGCAUGAGCGGCGGCACGUUGAAAAGAGAUCUUCGCAACCGCCACAUGCAGAUGAUCGCCAUCGGCGGUGCCAUAGGAGCCGGUCUGUUCGUCGGUUCUGGCGGCGCACUAUCCAAGGGCGGGCCGGCACCUUUGGUUAUCUGCUACACCAUCGUCGGUGUCAUGCUGUUGUUCACCUGCCAGGCCCUCGCCGAGCUCGCCGUGCUGUACCCUGUGAAUGGCGCUUUCUACAGCUAUGUCGUCCGUUUCGUCGAUCCCUCAUGGGGCUUUGCCGUGGGCUGGGACUACGCGCUCUCCUGGCUGACCAUUCUGCCGUUCGAGCUCAUCGCGGCGUCCAUCACCAUCGAGUACUGGCGGGACGACAUUAGCAUGGGCGUCUGGGUCACCGUCUUUCUAGUUGUCUUGUGCAUCAUCCAGGUCUUUGGCGUUCGCGGUUAUGGUGAAGUGGAGUUCGUCCUCAGCAUGAUCAAGAUCGCAGCGUGCCUGGGCUUCAUCAUCCUCGGCAUCGUCAUCAACUGCGGCGGCGUGGGCGAUCAAGGAUACAUCGGCGCCAAGUACUGGCACGAACCCGGCGCCUUCAAGAACGGAUUCAACGGCUUUGCCGGCGUCUUCGUCGUCGCCGCCUUUGCAUUCGGCGGCACCGAGCUGGUUGGCCUCGCCGCUGCCGAGUCUGAGAACCCCCUCAAGGCAAUUCCGACGGCAUCAAAGCAGGUCUUCUGGCGUAUCGCCUUCUUCUACAUCAUCAACCUCUUUAUCGUCGGCCUGAUUUUCCCUUCUGACGACGACCGGCUGCUGAACUCGUCGGGCGCCAACACCAAGGCCUCGCCCUUCGUUCUCGCCAUCCAGGACGCCGGCAUCCAGGUGCUUCCGUCAAUCUUCAACGCUGUCAUCACCGUUGCCGUUAUCAGCGUCGCUAACUCCUGCACUUUCGGCUCGACCCGUACCAUGCAGGCCCUUGCCGAGCAAGGCAUGGCGCCCCGGUUCUUGGCUAAGAUCGACAAGCAUGGCCGUCCGAUCUGGUGUAUCGUGGUCCAGCUGCUGUUCGGCCUGCUGGCGUACAUCGGACUUGCUUCGGACGGCACGACCGUCUUCAACUGGCUUCUCGCUAUCUCGGGUCUCUCCUACUUCUUCGUCUGGGGAUCCGUCUGCCUGACACACAUCCGCUUCCGCUACGUCUGGAAGGCGCAGGGAUACACGCUGGACCAGAUCCCGUACAAGCCAGGCUUUGGUGUCUGGGGCAGUUGGAUCGGCCUCAUUCUCAACAUACUCUGCCUCAUUGCCACCUUCUACAGCUCCCUCUAUCCGGACACCGAAUCGUCCCCCGACGCCGAAGUCUUCUUCCAGUCGUACCUGGCCGCGCCCAUUGUCCUCGCCCUGUACAUCGGCUGGAAGCUUUAUACUCGGGACUGGAGGCUAUGGAUCCCGGCCCACGAGAUCGACCUCACGACCAAUGCUCGGAUGCGUAUCCCAGGGGAGGACGAUGACAAGAUUGUGGAGAGGACAUGGGCGAACCUGCCAAAACGGAUCUUCCACUCGCUGUUCUAG